AAACGGUGGUGCAUUUAAAUCAUACCGUAAUCAGUCCGCUCCCGUCUUGGCUAGCGAACGAAGGGGCUCAGCUAGUUGUUGAUCCUGUCGACGAAGAUGUCGAACGGUGGGCGGUUGUUAGUCUCUGCUGUUUGCGCGGUCAUUCUGCUGUUGAUCUGUUAUCCAGUCAUUGUUAGUGGUGUCGGUGGUACGACGAAACAGUUCGUGUGUGAAGAUGGAUACAACGGAAAUAACACGGAGUUGGUUCUAAAGAAUGCGUUACUUUGUGGAACCGGAUAUAACGCUAAGCAACGGCCGGUGAAAAACCAGCAGGAUCGGGUUGCAAUGUAUAUUGGGGCGGAUGUUAUGAGUGUUGAAAUGGUACACAAUUCGAAUGUGAAGCUUGAGUUAACUGUGGAGCUAUCUAUGCAAUGGUUCGAUUUCUAUCUUCACUGGUAUAAAAAAGAACAUGGUAAUAUCAAUACAAUACCAAUAUCGGAACAAGAUGUUUGGACGCCAACAGUAGCAGCGAAGUCUUUGCUUAAAUCGCAAGUUCAGAACAGUAACCAUUGUUUCCAAGUCAAAUGCCACCUGAGCUUUAACGGGGAAGUGAUCUGCACUAUGCAGUGUACCUUCGAGGUUGAUUGUCUGGACAACUCACACAAUUGGGCUUUCGAAACCAAGAGCUGCCCACUAAGGAUUUACACUCCGGAAUUUGAUAUCAAUCAGCUUUCGCUGUUCCAUUUUCAGCGGCGGUUAUCUUAUUCUGUGUUCGGUGUGCAUCCCUAUAAGAUAACGUCCUUUCAGAUGGCCGUUGUGAAUAAUACGGUGAAACCGGAGUUCAGGAUGGACAUAGUUGUCGAGCGAAUGGUUGGAUCACAUUUGGUAAUUUUUCUUAUGCUGAUUAUAGUGUUAAUGGCUUUGAACCUGAUAAUCACUUGGUUAAGAAUUGAUUCUUCUUGUCGAGCCGUGUUGACGUUCGCCUCACUAGCCCUACACCUGAUAUAUACCUCAAUUUUGUUCUGGUACUCAAGUACUAAAAUGGAGUCGGCCCUUAAAUUGGCCAACAUACUGGUAGGAACAUCUCUCAUAACUGUAUUAUUAGUGGCCUUGCUAGUCUAUUCGGAGAAAAUGUCGAAACGCGAGAGCAAUGAUGCUCCCCACUUACUACAAACUAUAUACCGGGCGCUGUCCCGGAACGCAACCCUCCAUCCAUUUCUACAAUUGGACUACAUUAGUUUGGGCAAUCCUACGAUAAAACCAACCACUGAGAACGUAGAAACACACCUUAACAACCACGUAACCGAGGUGGAACCACUGCCAACGACGACGACGACGGUGGCGGCGACGUCGAAUGAUACCCUUGAACAAGUCGACUCCGACGAGGAAGUCGAUCUGGCAAACGUUAAGUGGAGCGUGUUUGUGCAACCAUUUGAUCGUGUCGCGUUUUGCGGAAUUGCAACUGCCUACGUGUUUAUGCUCGUGAUGUUAUUUCUAGCCUGAAAACGUCUCGUACAGGAAGGGAGAAAGGGUAUGAGCCACAGCUCAAUUGAGUGAGAUAAUAAAACCAAUAAAGUAAGAAAAUUCCCAUUUUCUGCUGGUUGGGUAUGGGAAGAUUAUUGCAUCACAUACGGAACUCUCAUUCAUAAGUGGCUAUAGAUGGGGUAGGGGGAUGAAACUAGUCGUUUCCGUUCGGAUAUUAAUGUGUUCGGUGCUAAAUUUAGUAUAGUGCAUUCCAAUUUGGAAGAAGAAUUUGUUUUAUUGCCAUAUUAAUGUUUUACUUGAUGUUCAUUUAGCUAUAAUAUAUUGUUAAAAUUAGGGA